AUGACAAAUAGAAUCAGCGAAGUUCAGCUUCAAAGAAUUCUAAGUUACAUUCAAGCUGGAAUGAAAUCUGGUGCUAAAUUUGAACGGGGUGGUGAACGCGCGGGUGACAAAGGUCAUUUUAUUCAAUCGAUGAUUUUCCCUGACGUUAAAGAUGAUAUGAAGAUCUUUCGUUCUGUCAUGUGCGUUUUCAAAUUUGACUUGUAUGAUGAAGUUAUCGAACGUGCAAAUGACACAACCUACGGUUUAUUAUUUGGCGUGAUAACGAAAGAUUUAUCACGCGCGUUCCAAUUUGCUGAACAACUUUAA